GAAGGGUGAAAAAUGCGAAAAAGAAGCAGCAGCUGAACUGAAACACACCAUAACAACUUGUAGACUUGAAAACCAAAAAAGAGUAAUAAACAUAAACCCCAUUGCAGAAGCAGAGAGCGCUUAAUCCCAUCUCCAACACUUGUGGUCUUCUUGGAGCGUUUUUAUCUCCUUCUUUUUUUCCUUUUUUAAUCAGUUUCAUAGGCACCGUUUGGUUUUCUUCACCAUUUGGAGCACACAUUUGUGAACGUUGUGCUUUGAAACGUGGAGGGGCAGUGCCAAGACUCUUCUUUUUUUAGUGGUGGAGUUGCCCUUUGAUGCAUUGCACGUAGAUCCAGUUGCAAGCUCAGUUCUUGAUCCCAUCCCCAUUCUCAAAAUGGUUGCUGCUACCACUCCUAUAGUUGGGUCCCAUGUUUGGGUUGAGGAUUCUGAAGUAGCAUGGAUAGAUGGUGAAGUCUUGGAGGUUAAUGGAGAAGAAGUUAAAGUCUCUUGCACUUCAGGGAAGACGGUUGUUGUUAAAGUGUCCUGUAUUUAUCAUAAAGACACUGAAGUUCCGCCAAGUGGAGUAGACGAUAUGACAAAGCUUGCAUACCUACACGAACCUGGUGUACUAGAAAAUCUGAGAUCAAGAUAUGAUAUCAAUGAAAUUUACACUUACACUGGAAAUAUAUUGAUUGCGGUGAACCCUUUUGUAAAGCUUCCUCAUUUAUAUGAUAGUCAUAUGAUGGCACAAUAUAAAGGAGCAGUGUUUGGUGAGCUAAGUCCACAUCCCUUUGCCGUUGCAGAUGCUGCAUAUAGGCUUAUGAUAAAUGAGGGAAUCAGCCAGUCAAUAUUAGUCAGUGGUGAAAGCGGAGCUGGUAAAACAGAAAGUACUAAGUUGCUCAUGCGGUAUCUUGCCUACAUGGGAGGGAGAGCUGCUGCUGAAGGUAGAACUGUUGAGCAAAAAGUCUUGGAGUCCAAUCCUGUUCUUGAAGCCUUUGGGAAUGCAAAGACGGUUAGGAACAAUAAUUCAAGUCGUUUUGGUAAGUUUGUGGAGAUUCAAUUUGAUCAGAGGGGAAGAAUUUCAGGAGCUGCUAUCAGAACAUAUCUGCUGGAAAGAUCGCGUGUUUGUCAGCUAUCAGACCCAGAGAGGAAUUAUCACUGUUUCUACAUGCUCUGCGCUGCACCGCAGGAGGAGAUUAUGAAGUACAAGUUAGGACAUCCAAAAACAUUUCAUUAUCUGAAUCAAUCAAAUUGCUAUGAGUUAGAAGGGAUUGACGAACAUAAAGAAUAUAUAGCUACAAGGAGAGCAAUGGAUGUUGUUGGAAUGAGUUUUGAGGAGCAGGAUGCAAUAUUUCGAGUUGUUGCUGCAAUUUUGCAUCUUGGCAACAUUGAGUUCAUGAAAGGGAAGGAGAUAGAUUCAUCUGCUCCAAAAGAUGAGAAAUCUCGGUUCCAUCUACAGACUGCAGCUGAGCUUUUCAUGUGUGAUGCUAAGGCACUUGAAGAUUCUCUUUGCAAACGAGUAAUUGUUACUCGUGAUGAAACAAUUACAAAAUGGCUGGAUCCAGAAGCUGCUGCACUCAGCCGAGAUGCUUUGGCUAAGAUCGUUUAUGCAAGGUUGUUUGACUGGUUGGUUGACAAGAUUAAUAGUUCAAUUGGACAAGAUACUGACUCAAAAUCCUUAAUUGGUGUGCUUGAUAUUUAUGGUUUUGAGAGUUUCAAUAUCAACAGUUUUGAGCAAUUUUGUAUUAAUUUGACCAAUGAAAAGCUUCAGCAACAUUUUAAUCAGCAUGUUUUCAAAAUGGAGCAGGAAGAGUACAAGAAAGAGGAGAUCGAUUGGAGUUACAUUGAAUUUGUCGACAAUCAAGAUAUUCUAGAUCUCAUUGAAAAGAAACCUGGUGGCAUUAUUGCUCUUUUGGAUGAAGCUUGCAUGUUUCCUAGAUCAACACAUGAAACUUUUGCUCAAAAGCUGUAUCAGACCUUCAAAAACCAUAAAAGGUUUAGCAAGCCCAAGUUAUCGGUAUGCACCAUCAAUAUAAAAAAGUUUUACAUUGUCAUUCAAUGAUUGGAUGUCACUUAUCAAACUGAUUUAUUCCUCGACAAGAACAAAGAUUAUGUUGUAGCUGAACACCAAGCACUUCUUUAUGCUUCUAAAUGCCCCUUUGUAUCGGGUUUGUUUCCACCUUCUCCUGAAGAAUCAUCCAAACAAUCAAAGUUCUCUUCAAUUGGUUCACGAUUUAAGCAACAAUUGCAAUCCUUGCUUGAAACUCUCAGUUCCACUGAGCCACAUUACAUCCGUUGUGUGAAACCCAAUAAUUUUCUCAAGCCAGCAAUUUUUGAGAAUAAAAAUGUCUUGCUGCAACUCCGUUGUGGGGGAGUUAUGGAGGCAAUUAGGAUUAGCUGUGCUGGGUAUCCCACUCGGAAAACCUUUGAUGAAUUUGUGGAUCGAUUUGGCCUUCUUGCACCUGAUGCUUUGGUCGGAAGCUCUGAUGAAGUUCAAGCUUGCAAGAGGAUUCUGGAGAAUGUUGGACUUGAAGGCUAUCAGAUUGGUAAAACAAAGGUUUUUCUUCGAGCUGGUCAAAUAGCAGAAUUAGACACCCGCAGAAGUGAGAUCUUAGGACGCUCAGCAAGCAUUAUCCAGCGGAAAAUCCGCUCUUAUUUGGCUCGCCAGAGUUUUGUCUCCCUUCGUUUGUCUGCUGUGCAGAUACAAGCCGCAUGCAGAGGACAACUUUCUCGGCAUGUUUACGAGGGAAUGCGGCAGCAGGCUUCUAGUUUGGUGAUUCAGAGAUAUUUCCGCAUGUAUAACGCUAAGAAGGCAUAUGAAGAAUUAUAUAUGUCUGCUGUCUGUAUUCAGACUGGUUUGCGGGUAAUGGCUGCUCGUUGUGAGCUAUGCUUUAGAAGGCGUACUAGAGCAGCGAUUAUCAUUCAGAGCCAUUGCAAGAAGUACUUGGCACAACUUGAUUUUAUGAAAUUAAAGAAGGCAGCAAUUGCAACACAAUGUGCAUGGAGAGGAAAAAUGGCGAGGCGAGAACUGCGGAAACUCAAGAUGGCUGCAAGAGAAACAGGAGCUCUCCAAGCUGCUAAAAAUAAGCUUGAAAAGCAAGUUGAAGACCUUACAUUGAGGUUGCAGCUGGAAAAACGUUUGAGGGUUGACAUGGAAGAAGCGAAAACACGGGAAAAUGAAAAAUUACAAUCUGCUUUGGAUGAGAUGCAACUUCAGUUUAAAGAAACUAAAGUACUUCUUGAAAAGGAGCAGGAGGCUGCUAAAAGAGCAAUGGAGAUUGUACCUGUCAUACAGGAGGUUCCAGUUGUUGACCACUCUUUGUUGGAGAAGCUUAGUAGUGAAAAUGAAAAACUUAAGAACUUGGUGAAUUCACUGGAAAAGAAAAUUGAUGAAACAGAGAAAAGGUAUGAAGAGGCAAACAGAAUUGGUGAAGAAAGGUUGAAGCAAGCUUUGGAUGCAGAAUCAAAAGUAAUCCAGCUGAAGACUGCUAUGCAAAGGCUUGAAGAGAAAUUCUCAGAUAUCGAAUCUGCAAACCAUAUUCUUCAGAAACAAUCUCAGCUAAACUCAUCUGUGAAAACAAUAGCAGAACACAUCGCAACACCUAUAGAUGAGAAGCUGGAAAAUGGUCACCAUGUCGUUGAAGAGCAUAAAGCUGUUGAAAUGUGUGUUACGCCUGUGAAACUAUUUGGUACAGAUUCUAACAGUAAAUUGAGGAGGUCUUACAUUGAACGACAACAUGAGAAUGUUGAUUUACUUGUCAACUGUGUUAUGAAAAAUAUUGGCUUCAAUAAUGAAAAGCCUAUUGCUGCUUUUACCAUUUACAAAUGUCUUCUACACUGGAAAUCAUUUGAAGCCGAAAGAACUAAUGUAUUUGAUCGCCUUAUCCAGAUGAUUGGUUCUGCAAUUGAGGAUGAAGAUGGAAAUAAUCUUAUGGCCUAUUGGUUGUCUAAUACCUCUGCGUUAUUAUUUUUACUCGAACAAAGCCUUAAAUCUCAUGGUGCAUCAACUGCUACCCCAGCUAAAAAACCACCUAAUCCAACAUCCCUCUUUGGAAGAAUGACCAGGAGUUUUCUCUCAUCCCCUUCUUCUGCAAACCUUGCCACCCCUGCAUCGGAGGUUGUACGCAAGGUAGAGGCUAAAUACCCGGCUUUACUUUUCAAGCAGCAGCUCACCGCCUAUUUGGAGAAAAUAUAUGGCAUCAUUCGGGACAACUUGAAGAAGGAGUUAACACCAAUGCUUGCAUUAUGUAUCCAGGCACCAAGAACAUCAAAAGCAACGUUACGGUCUUCUGGUCGAUCCUAUGGUAAAGAUUCUCCUAUGGUUCACUGGCUGACUAUUAUCGAAUCCCUCAACACCCUCCUCUGUACUCUGAAAGAGAACUUUGUGCCUCAAGUUCUUAUCCAAAAGAUUUUCAGUCAAACAUUCUCGUAUAUUAAUGUCCAACUCUUUAAUAGUCUUCUUCUGCGCCGUGAUUGUUGUACGUUCAGCAAUGGGGAAUAUGUGAAAGCUGGAUUAGCUGAAUUAGAACUGUGGUGCUGUCAGGCCAAGGAAGAGUAUGCGGGGUCAUCUUGGGAUGAGCUCAAGCACAUAAGACAGGCUGUUGGAUUCUUGGUAAUUCAUCAGAAGUAUAGGAUUUCCUAUGAUGAAAUCAUUAAUGAUUUAUGCCCUAUCCUAAGUAUCCAGCAGCUGUAUAGAAUAUGCUCGCUUUACUGGGAUGCUAACUACAAUACUCGAAGCGUAUCUCCUGAUGUCCUUUCGAGCAUGAGGAUGCUUAUGGUCGAGGACUCCAAUAACGCUCAGAACGAUUCUUUCUUGCUGGAUGAUAGCUCCAGCAUUCCUUUCUCAGUGGAUGACCUGUCUAUAUCACUGCAAGAGAAGGAUUUCUCAGACAUGAAACUGGCGGACGAACUUCUCGAGAAUCCAGACUUCCAAUUUUUAAAUGAGUAGUAGGCAUAGUCACAAAUGGUUCUAGUUGUUGGUCCUUGCCAUUGGUGCCUUUGUAAAUGCCAUGUUUUCUUUUAUUCCCUGUAUCAUCUUGCCCCUCAUGUAAAUUUAUUCUUUUCAUUCUUUGGUUGGCAUUCAAUUGUAAAAAUUAAAAUCUUCAGCAUUUCUAGGGGCAGGGAUAUAUAAUAUAUGGUAGGAUUAGUGAAGGAGCUUUAAUUGGUUUCUUUUGGUAAAUCUGAAAUGCUUUCCAACCAACUUUUUUACUUAUGUAAAGUUACAAAAUUUAAAAAUAUGUUAAUGAAUAGGU